UUAUUCUCCCAAGUUCAUAUCGAUACCAUGCAUCUUCCCAAAUCUGGAGGCUUUGGCUAUAUCGUUCAAGCACAGUGUGUCCUCACAUUUUAUCCAGAGGCAAAGAAGCUCCAUGCUGGAAACAGUCAGUCAAUCGGGACUGGAUUUAUGAGGACUUACUCUGUGGAUGAGGUAGACUCUGUGAAAUCAUCACAGAUAAUGGCCAGCCUAUUACCCUUCCUCAAUGCACUUGAAUGCCUGGAGAAGCGCUACCAUAUCCACCAUAUUCAUAUCAGCGAUUAUAAUUCACAGGCGAAUGGUGUGGUAGAGCGACCCCACUUUGAUUUUAGGCAGGCGCUUUACAAAGCCGCAGAUGGUGACGCUGCUCGCUGGUCACAGGUAUUUCACUCCGUAAUUUGGUCCGAGCGAAUAACCAUCAGACGUCGCAUGGGCUGUUUACCCUACUUCGCAGUCACUGGUUCCCACCCGCUCAUUCCCCUUGAUAUCAUUGAAGUGACCUACUUACAGCCUCCUCCGACAGCAAUUCUCUCCAGCAAAGACCUUAUUGUCCACCAAGCGAUAGCCCUGCAGAAACGCGGUGCACAAGUCGAGUACCUCCAUUCUCAAGUCCUCCAACAUCAUAUGGAAGCAGCGAAACACUUCGAAAGUAAUCAUGCAGCCACUAUCCGUGAUUUUAAUAUUAAGCAAGGCAAUUUGGUCCUGGUCUGCAAUACCAAAAUCGAAAAAUCCCUCAACCGUAAAAUGCGACCCAGGUACCUCGGUCCACUCAUUACGGUGUCCUGGAACCAUGGUGGAGCUUAUAUCCUUGCUGAACUCGAUGGUACGCUAUUUGAUUGA